CUGGCGCUUGGACUUCCUUACUCCGCGCGUUCCAGCGGGACAAACGGCAGGCGGAGCGUCUGUCCGCCGCUUCCCUACCACGCAGGCGCAGUAAGCACGGCGCGGGAGUUGCUCCUUGCUUGAGGAGCGGAGUCUGCGGCUGGCUAGGCGUCUGCUUCCAGUAAACGGUUACUCUCCUUAGCUGACUUCAUAAUGGCAAAAAUGAUCAGAAGAAAGUGUGCAUUUUGUCCAGAAGAUGAAGAAUGUGCAAUUAUGUAUGUUGCUAAAGAACAGAACCUUGCGGCUCAUCAGGACUGUUUGUUAUAUUCCUCUGGACUUAUGGAAUCUGAAGAAUAUAGUCCUGACAAUGUUGAUAUAAGGUUUGAUGUGACUUCAGUUCUGAGUGAAAUAAAGAGAGGAAAAAGGCUGAUAUGCAAUUUCUGUCGCAAGAAAGGAGCCACUGUUGGCUGUGAGAUAAAAACCUGUCGCAGAAGUUACCAUUAUUUCUGUGCAUUGUGUGAUGAUGCUGCAGUAGAAACAGAUGAAAUUAAAGGCAUUUACCGAAUGUUUUGUCCAAACCAUGACCCAGUCAAUAAGAAAAAUUUUAAUGAUGAAGACAAUAAGAGAAGCAAGCCCCAAAUCCUAAUGAAACCUUCCUCUGCUAGAAACAAAAUGAGUAAAAAAGACAACAUUUCAGAAGGAAACUUAAAAGUCCUCAGGGAAAAACAGGACCGACAUAAAGUAAGAACAGAUUUUGUAAGGAAGUGUAAACAGGCUGGACUUCUUGAUGAAAUCUUUGAAGAAAUGCUAGACACUCUUCAUCUGGCACAAGAAAAGCUGAUGGAUGACAAUACCUCUGAAGCAGAAUAUGAAGAAACAGUAAUAUCACUUUUUGACUGCGGCAUCUUUGAAAAUAUACUUACAGCUAUUCAUUCUGGAACAGAAGAAAAAAUUCAAGAGCUAAUCAAUAAAAGGAAAAGACUAGAUACUCAGAUUGAGCUUCUGAAAGAUUUGAAAGUACUUCUUCCUACUCAGGAAGACACAGCUAGUGCAUCUAACAGUCUCUCAGAAUAAGGAUCAUCUUUCUAUAAUACUGUACAUGUCUCAGAUUUCUCCCACCUGUUUUUUGCACAAAAUUAACUUUGCAGUAGAAACACUUGAUUCUGAACAUCAAUGCUUGUGAUGGAUCCUUGUGAUGGAUGAAAGGGUUUUUUAGCAUCAUGGCUAUAACAUCCUUCCAUCUGUACCAGAAUCAUAAGAAAAACUUAACCAAUUCCCAUAGUCUUUGUGGCUUCACCUACAGAAAAUACUGUUGACAAACUACUUCCUACACCCCAGUGCAGGGGAUGGUUUUCUAGAAACCCAACUUUGCAUUUGAAUCCCUACAAAAUCCUCAGACUGUGGAAGUUUACAAAUUCCAACCACAUGUGUUACAUUUUAAACAACUAGAUAUCAAUUUCUUUCAGACACCUUUCAGAUUUUAACAUAUAAACAGGGAUGCUCUAAUUUUCCAAUGAGAAAGAGGUGAUAAUCCUAUUCAUAAUGUCAGAGCAUAACACUCUGCAGGUGUAGUGCCCUGCCAUUUUCAAACAAUUGUUGAGUUGCUAUUAGAGAAGCUGGGUCUGGCCCCAUUGGAAGAGACCCCCCCUCAUGCCAUUGACUUGUUUCGGAAACUGCAUCUGCAGUGGGGCCACUCACACAAAAAGUUAUAAGAUUCUGGCCAUUCUAUAGUUUUACAGAGUCGCUUUUAAGUAUAUAUAUUCCAGGAACUGUAAUUGUGCUUAUCUGCUGCAGUCUCAGGUGAGCUUUGAGCCUCAUCAUGUGAACAUGUUAAGAGAUGCUUUGAAGUAUAAUCAACAUGAUUUGUAAUUGUUUAAGGAAUUGUAAAUAAUUGUUUAAUAAAAGGGUUUUGUAAUAAAGUAUAGUAAUUUAA